UAGAAAAGCCCUGCCUUUACCGGAAGUAUGUGCGCGUGACGUCACGAGUUGCAGGGCUCCACACAUAUUCACAUUGUUUAUAAGGGGAGCCACCAGCAGUAAGAGCAAUUCGGACCGAGAAAGUGACAAUUUCCCCAUUAUUUGAGCGAGGAUGAAAGAUUCGUAAAUUAGGAUAUUGAUAGUGAAGGAUUAGGGGAAAAAAAAAAAAAAAGCGACGGCUCCGGGCGGCAGCAGCGUGAGCAUUUCCGAUGUAAUUAGACACAUUUACCAGGAUAAUUCUGGAAGAUCCCUUAUCUGCUUAUUGUUUUAAUAGUGUUUUAUUGAGAUUUUAAAGAUUGUAAAGACAUACCUCGAGGUCGACAGCUGCUGCAGGACGACGAAUAAUCCACUGAUUUCUCCGGUAAGAUAUAUAUCACAAUUUCCCCAUCCAAAAACAUGCUGGUUGACGUAGAGAAAACAUGUUCGCUUGACUGCUGUGCUUCACAACAAACAAAGAAACACCGGCUGUGUCUCAGUGCUAAAGACAACUGCAAUCCACCGCUUUUCAACAACAGCAUUCUUCUUUAUAGUCUCAAUUAUUAAAUGAACAAAUUGCAAAAGAUUCAGCAACACAGAUGUCCAAAACACUGUGUAAUUAUGCGAUUAAAGCAGACGACUUUUAGCCGCUAGUGGUGCAGAACUAAUAUUUCCUGACGGUCCGUGACGUCAAGUGUACGCGUCAUCAUUCCGCGACGUUUUCAACAAGAAACUCGCGGGAAAUUUAAAAUUGCAAUUUAGUAAACUACAAAGGCCGUAUUGGCAUGUGUUGCAAUGUUAAUAUUUCAUCAUUGAUAUAUAAACUAUCAGACUGUGUGGUCGGUAGUAGUGGGUUUCAGUAGGCCUUUAACCUGAAAGCUUCAAGUAUGGCUUUAUGUCCUCAAAAGAACCAGUGAUUUUGAAAGACCCCACACAAAGAUGGCAGUGAUACUGUGGUUGAGGGCUCAGCUUUUGGUACCAAGUAGCUCAUAGUUGACAUUAGAUCAUUUGUUCUGCUUAUCAGUCAAGCGACACGUUGUCUUCUCAAGAAAUGUUUGUCCGCGGAACAGGAAUAGAAAAAAAAAAAAACAUCAGCUAUAAGAAAUUGAAGUGUAUCCUUUCUGAGCCUUUUGUGUAAAGCGUGUGAUGUUCCCCAGCAGAGAUGUGCUUUAUGUAUGCAUUCCUGCACUGACAUUUCGUCAAGAGCCAGCGGCCAUCUUGUUGCACGCGCAGAUGCUAGUGAUUAGCUCGUGUUAGCCGAGCAGGUGACGCAUCAGGAUUGCAGCAAUCCUCAAUGAAGCCAUGUGAGUUGAGAGGGGUGUUCACAUGCCAUAAAUGGGAAUGGAGGCGGGCUGUGCUGUAGAUUCGGACCCUGGGGGGUAAGACUUAUUUUGUAGACACGUGUGUUUAAAAGAGCCAGUUUAUGGGGUUUACUUAAAGAAAAGUAAUGUCCUCAGAGGACAAUGUGAAUAACAUGGAGGCGGGAGGUUGAUGAUGAUGAUGAUGAUGAUGAUGCGGCUCGCUCACAUGACACGGCUGUGACUAUCUGCCGGGCCAAUGGGUGUGUGAAAUGUUGCUUUAGUGAGUUGAGUGCUGGUCUGCAGACCCUCUCUGGCCUCUCCACCUGCAGGAUCCACCUCGUCAUCCUGGACCAUGGGAAGCUAAAGAUGAGGAUGUGAAAGAGCGAGGUGGUCUUGGUUCGAAGCAGCUGAGGGACCAGCGAGGUGUUAACUUUUUUUGUUUUAGGGGAUAAUCUGCAUCAAUGGGCGCGGCGUUCUCCAAGUUCUGCAUGCGGUGCUUCUGCUACUGCUGUGCCGACAGCGAUGACGACGACGAGAAGCAGCCCUUGAUACCAAACCCGGAUCCGCUGGAAUAUUUCAGCCGGGAAGUCCAGAAACGUCGUGAUGAGGAGACUAAUCUGUGGAGCGAGCCGGGGGACCCCAGCCACACGGAGAGGGAUGACGACCGAGCGCUGUACUCCCUCCUGCAGGCCCGCAACAAGACGCGUGUUGGAACUACGGGUUAUCGUCGUCUAAGUGUGGACAUUGAGGCCAUGAGAGACACUCGCAGGGAAGUCCGAGACAAGUGGAAGACCCUCUUGGAAAACCUUGGCUUCAUGGCGGAGGCCGACUCGCUGCUGAACGUGUCUGCCGGCGCUUCGCUCGACCGCAUGCGCAACGCGGCGGCCGCGCGCUCUUUGCUGCAGACGCUCCAUUCCGAGACUUCCCUUUUUAACAGCGGGGAAGCGCCGCCGGAAAGAUACCUCUUCAUUCUGGAUCGCCUGCUGUAUCUCGACAUCGCUGAGGACUUUCUGUCUAAAGCAAAGCGCUUUUACCCACCACGAAACUCGUCGGACGAGGACACGCCAGGGGGCGCCAUCAACCUGCCGUUGCUGCUGGCCCGAGUGAGCGCCAUGAACGGGACAGGGGGCGACGACGAGGGCGACAGCGAAAAGUCGGGAGACUACCCGUGAUGCGGCAGUACUCAGAGACACCAGAUGGGGGUGUUAGACGUCCAUCCAGGAGGGAUGGAGGACAGAAACUCUAAGGUCUUUCAUUCUCUGCUCUCCUCUCUCGAAGUGCAUGAAUUCUAUCUUAUUUUCUUUGGCUGUCAGGAAGUUCUUAGCCUGCUUUGUUGUGUAAAGAACCUUCCGGGUCUUGACGUCCUGUGACACCUCAUAUGACCGAUUAAACCCACAAACAAAGAAUUGCUGAUUCGCUCUUGAAUGCGUUUUCAAGCAGGGACGUGUGCCCACCCUGUGACUCCUCUACUCUUUGUCCCCCUCCAGGUCUGAGCAAUGUGCUCAUGUGGACAUCUCUGUUUUGUCUUCUGAUGUCCUCUUUAGCGUCAAAUAAAGCUGCAGCACAGAGUC